AUGGCUGUGGAUCUACUUAUCCUCUCCAUCGUUUUCGUUUCCAUCACAGUGGUGUCCAUCGCCAUACGGAUUUUCGCACGCACAGUGAUCCUCAAGCAGAUUGGCAUUGAUGAUUAUCUGAUAUGUAUUGGGGCAGUCUUUGCUAUAGUGUGCUCGGUCACUCCCAUAGCGGCACUGUCAUACGGCUUGGGCCGCCCAACAGCAGAGCAGAAGCCUGAACAAGUCGCCCCCUACCAGAAGCUCAUCCUCACAUCCUCAGUCACGUAUAGCGUUUCCGCAACGUUUAUCAAGCUUUCUCUUUUGUCCUUUUAUCUUCGUCUCUCCAACGGGCCAUUAUUCCUCGCCCUCGUAUACGUCGUCAUUGCCAUCGUCAUCGGCUUCGGCAUUGGCAGCGUCGCGACCGUUCUUCUCCAAUGCAUACCGCUGUCUGCAUUAUGGGACGCUGAGGUAGCAAAAACUGCACAUUGUAUCAAAAUCGUCGAUUUCUACUAUGCCAACGCAGCGAUCAAUCUUGCCGCCGAUGUCACGAUACUCUUUCUCCCCAUCAAGAUUUUGUGGGGACUGCAUAUGCCACUUCGACAGCGCAUCAGUCUUUGUGGGCUCUUUGGUCUUGGUGGACUAGCAUGCGUCGCCGGCAUCAUCCGUCUUACCGCGCUCAAAUCCCUCCUGUCCUCCACCAAUCCCACCAUCAAUGUCGUCACACCACUGAAUUGGUCCUUCAUCGAACUCAAUACCGCGAUCUUCAUCGCCGGCGCACCUGCGUUCAAAGCAUUCCUGCGCCAUAUCAUGCCCACGCUCCUGGGGUCUUCGUACAGCCCUACGGGUGCGGCGAAGUACGGCUCGACUAACAAGACGGGGUCGAAGCUACGAGCGACAAAACACAAUAGCAUACCUCUGGGCAGCAUGAGUAGCGAUGCGAACGGGUCAAAGUGGGUGAAGAACACGGCGGUAGUAAGCGGUGGCGCAGUGGAGAACCGGGAGAGGGAGAGAGAGAGGGAUAGUGAUAAUGACAGCCAGGAGAACAUUCUGCAAAACUAUCAUGGCAUCUUGCAGGAAGUUACAGUGUCGGUCAAGUCUGAGAGGAAGAGCGAGGAGGGGAGUGGCCAAUUUAGCCCGCGUGCGCUCACCUCAAGAGGACGAGAGCUAGCGGCGUGGGAGCGUAAACCGCCGGCCUCGAACACGCGAAGCCUCGUGACAGGCCGGCGAAAGUUCACUGUGGGACGUUUGGAAGAAGUACCGGCAGGCAGGAGAGCAAUGUCUGAUCUGACCUUCACAUUCGGAUCGAGCUAUGGUUCCGGGUCGAGCAUUGGCCUUCGGAAACGGCCGAGAACGGCGUAUGAGGAGGCUACUCUGAAGGCCCCGAGCAAGAUCGAUGACAAGCGGGUUGCAAUCAGCGCUUUGAGACUAGACUGCGACCUGAUCACCAUUAGAGUCGGCAAAGAUGAACCCAAGAGGACUUUCAAUAUCCAUGUGGACGUCAUCAACGACCACACGGACUACUUCCGCAGUCACAUGAACUUCAAUCGGACCCUGAACGGCGACGGUUCGACAACAGACAAUGCGCCCGUCAUCGAGCUAUCAGAGCACGACCCCGAGGCCUUCGCACUCUGGCGCACUUGGGUCUACACCGGGAAACUUGCCAUACUCCCCGAGACCCCGUUCCCUGCGGAUUCCGUGGAUGAACGAAGCGCACACUAUGCCGUGCUAGCUCAUGCGUAUACCCUCGGCGAUUAUCUUGUUGACAUCCCCUUCAUGAAUGCCAUUGCAGAUGUGUACGUCCUCAAUGCGCGGGGCAUCAACGGCUCACGCGCGCUCUACCCGAGCAAUGAGGAGAUUGGUGUGCUGUACGAUGGCACGAGCCCCGAUAGCCCGGUUAGGAGGUUCUUGGUAGAUAUCUGGAUGUACAGGGGCAAGGCUGAGUGGUUGGACAGGGAAAUGGAGGAAGACGUUCUGCCGAGGGAGUUCCUAGUAGAGGUACUGGGGGAGCUGUUAAAGUUGAAGAAGAUGAAGGAGGGAGAGACGAUGAGUCGGCCAUGGAAGAUGACGCAUGAGCAGUACCAUGAUCAGAGAAAAGUUUUGCAUGGUUCGGUGAGAGAUCGUAGGGCGGAUGCUACGGUGUAUCAUCAGUGCGAGCACAACACGGACAUUUCUAGUACGUGUCUGUUGGAUGCAGAAUGA